AUGCGCCUCUUCCUCGCCCUUUCACUUGUGGCCUCGGUCGCUGUCAGUGUCCUCGCUGCCGACCUCAAGAUUGACGUCACCACUGCAGUUGAGUGCGAGCGAAAGACGCAGGCCGGCGACACCAUUGAUGUGCACUACAAGGGAACUCUGGAGAAUGGCAAGAAGUUUGAUGCCAGCUACGACAGAGGCACGCCCUUUACCUUCAAGCUCGGUGUCGGACAGGUCAUCAAGGGAUGGGACCAAGGAAUGGCUGGCGCCUGCAUUGGUGAAAAGAGAACCCUGACUGUCCCUCCCGAGCUCGGCUACGGCAACAGAGGAAUGGGCCCUAUCCCCGCCGGCUCGACCUUGAUCUUUGAGACCGAAAUCAUUGGCAUCAAGGGUGUCCCCAAGCCCGAGACCAUCGUCACCAAGUCGACAGAGAGCACAAGCUCGGAAGCCAGCGAGGCGACCGAGGAGUCUUCGGCAGGAAUCGCAGAGAACAUUGCUAGCGCGGCCAGUGCUGCUGCCGCUGCUGCCGGGACGGUUCUUGUGGACACUGAUGAUGUCCAAGAGCACAAUGAGCUCUAG